UAAUCAAAGCUUGCACUCGCGAUUCGGAGGUAAUCAUUUUCGCGCCAACGAUUCCGACACCUGCGGUCAACUUCGCGUAAUAUCCCCCUACGGUCCUCACAGAAAAACGCUACAUCGUGUCUGCAUUGAAAGGUGCAGUGAGAGAGAAACAGAAGGGUUAAUUGUGUAUUAUCGGUUUAUACCUGAUUUACCGAGACAUGUAACGAAUCGCAGUGACGAGAUUAAAAUGCAAGACGAUAUAUUCCCGGCUGCUGAGAAAAUUCUAUCCGACAUCGAAAACGUGGUGAAGAAGAAUCCGUCUCUAAAAAGUUUCGAAAUCGUCCCGGCGGAGGAUAAUGAGAACAAGUCGCCGGUGUUUCAUCAGGGGGACAGCCUCGGCCUGGCGUCGUGGUGCGUGCAGCCGCUGUACUGUUACGUCCAUCGUCGACUCCUCGAGCAUCGCCAAAACAAACACAGACGCGAGGAGCCUGGUACAAUAGCGAAAUGGUUGGUGGGCGCGUUGCUGUUGAACCCGGACGUAACGACGUUCUGGAACAUGCGACGCGAGCUGGUCAGGAGCCACAAGUUGGAGCCCUCCGAUGAAUUCUUCUUCACUCGGCUGGUGCUUUACCAUAAGCCGAAGUGUUUCGAGGUGUUCGCCUAUCGACGGUGGCUGUUGUCGUACAUUCUUAAUGCUAAGGACAGUAAUUACGACCCCGAGCUAGCUGAAUCGCCGCUCUCCACGGAACUGGAGAUAGCGACCACGUGCGCGGACAGAUACGCGAGCAACUAUCACGCGUGGAGUCACAGGCGUCACAUAAUGACUUUGCGCGAGUCGCGGGGAUUCACGUAUCCUACCAUGGAUGCGGAAUGGAAGAAUUCGCUCGCCUGGUGUCAGCGACACGUGUCCGAUUACAGCGGGCUCUCCUACCGGCAGUUCCUAUUGAACAAAUACAUGUUCGACUCGAAGGAGCUGCCGGGCGAGCCGUUUAUAAAAUGCACGGACCUUGGUGAACAGUGGCGAGACGAACUGUUUGCUUAUAUUAAAUCGAACGUCAGUGAUACGAGGGAGACUCAUCGGUUGCAGAGGCUGUUCGACGCGACUACCGCGGAAUCCGGGGCGAUCGUUUGCUCCAGGACGAGAGAGCACGCGUUUUUCCGCGCUUUGUCAUACUGGCUGGAGGAAUGCCGGGCGAGCGACAGCGCUAUUUGCAUGUACAACGAUCACGAGGCUCUUUGGUGUCACCGGAGAUUCCUCGCGUAUCUCCUCGCGCGUUUCGUGCCGCUCAAGUAUUCCUGCCACGGUGACGAGCGCGGCGAGAGUAAGGACGCUCAAAAAACGUCGUUGAACAGCUUGUCGCACGAUCUUCUCGUGGAGGCGUUCCGCGCGCGCACCGGGAAGAUCGCCGACCUUGCCGUUAAACGAGACCACCACGAGAAGAUGCUGGUCGAAAGGUUCUGUAAGUUCGCGCGGACCAUCGGCCUCGAGAUUAAAUCGUGAUCUCGUUAAACCGCGUACCUCGCAGUCCCACGAUCACGUAUGCGCAAUAAGACAUGUAAUCCUCUUCGUACUAGGCACUAAACGAUGCCAGUAUAAAAAAAAGAAACACUCACGCAAUAACUCUUUAUUCCGUAUUUCAUGCAGACGUUAUUUCUACGUUCCACGGCGAGGGGUCAAUUUAUAAACGCGUUAAACGACACACUUCUCUCCCCUCCGUUCAUCGACGCUGCGGCGAGCGUGAAAAUACGAUAGCGAUCGAAAUAAAAAUGAAUAGGUUGCAGCGGAGCAUUACUGUAUUUUAUCCAUGAAUUGUAUCUCGAUAGUGCUCUCUCGUCUGACCUACUUGCGGCGAGUUCUCCGCGUGUAAAUGAUAAUAUAGUAUCGUUUACAAUAACGUAAGACGUAAUGUACAACAUAGAUGAAAAAUGGAGUGAGUAUCGAUACUUAUUUUUGAGACGUUUACCGUGUAUCGUUUAAGGGAAAUUUUCAAUAAUUGGAUGCGAUGUCUGUCGCGAUAAUCAAAGGCGAAGGAUGCGAUCGUUCUCGCGGAUCCGAGGGCUGAGCUAGGGUUCUUAUCGGUGGCGUUAAUGUACGGUCCCAGCGAUUCCCUUAUCAGGCAUAUGCGAGGCUGUUUGAUACCGAUUGAAAAUGUACUGAGAGCUUCUGCUAAUACGUAACGAAUCCCUGGGACUUUGGUAAAUCGAUUAAUCGCUGCUACCAUGGACACCUCGCUCUUCCUAAUGGAUCUUGUCGUAGGGAGUCCUUGAAGUGAUAAACGCGAGGCAAAUAAAUGUCACAUCCUCAUGAAUGUCUUCAUCAUUCGCAAACCAGAAAGUCUCUAACCAUUUCCUGUACAUAUUCAUUUCGAGAUCCUCUUAUCAUUUCGCGGACCCAAAAUUUAACAUUAUAAGUGUUAGUCGUAUAUGUUUUUUUUUAAUUACGAUCAUUUCGUCUUGCUUGUCUUUUUUCGAGGAAAGACUGUGAAUGAUGCGUGGGUGCUCUUUCCAUUUGACAAAUGAAUGUGUUCUCGUCUGAGCAGAGAUGCAUUGCACCUCUUCUCUGUUCUUAAUUCUUGCUAGUCUUACUUAAAGCAUGCUCGAUGUGUGAGGAAGUACAAAUUCGAUUUCCGGAUGCAUUAUUUAUGAAAAUGACACUGUAGCCGCGUGACUUUAAAGCAAAACGUUCCCCGAUACUCGCGGGAAGCCAGAAAUAUGUACAGUCGGAGGAUUGAUAAAAUUCUGAGACGAAGAGAAUGAUAGUUUUUCAGUGAAGUGUUCUCAGUAAGCUAGACGUGUCGUGGGUCAUUAGAAUAGCACGAAACUUUGAAUACGCAGGACGUGUUUACGCCAAUCGUUUCCGUACUACAUACGUGUACAUAGGCGACGCUUGCCACGUUGUACACCUUUGGCACGGGAAUCCGACCCGAAAAUAAACGUUUCGUGUAUACUUUUCCUCGUCAGUAUACCGGGAAUGGUCGUUACGGUACGAUCAUCGGAUCUGUCCGCUCAUAGUUCCCAGAUCCUUGCCUUUGUUUUAUUAAUAAAGUCGAACCUUGUUAAUUCAA